GGCGGCGAGGUCUAUAAAAAGGCCCGAUCCCAUCUGCCGUUGCUUCUGGACGCCGCGGUAACGCUGUCACGAUGAGCAAGAUUAUCUUCUUUGAGGAUCGCAACUUCCAAGGUCGCCACUUCGAGUGCGACGGCGACUGCCCCGAGAUGCAGAACUACUUCGCCCGCUGCAACUCCAUCCGGGUGGAGAACGGCUGCUGGGUGGCCUACGAGAAGCCCAACUACGCCGGCUACCAGUACAUGCUGCACAAGGGCGACUACCCCGACUACCAGCGCUGGGCCGGCUUCAACGACUGCAUCCGCUCCUGCCGGAUGGUGCCGCCCUACAACGGCAGCUACCGGAUGAAAGUCUUCGAGCGCUCCGAUUUCGGCGGCCAGAAUCUGGAGCUGAUAGAAGACUGCCCGGACCUGAACGAGCGUUUCCACACGCGUGACAUCUCCUCGGUCAACGUGAUGGAGGGCUACUGGAUGCUGCACGAGCACCCCAACUACAGGGGGCGCCAGUACUUCCUGAGCCCCGGCGAGUACCGCCGGCACAGCGAGUGGGGCAGCGCCAGCCCCACCAUCGGCUCGCUGAGACGCGUCACCCAACUCAACUGAUUUGUUUUCUCUCUCUUUUUUAUGUUCUUUCCUCGUGUUCCU